GCCCCCGCGCCAGUUUCGGGCUGCUUGGCGCGGAAUCGGGAGCCUGCAGGACCAUGGCGCCGGUACACGGCGAAGACUGCGACCUGGGGUCGAGCGCUGUGUCAGAUUCAGGGAGUUUUGUAUCUUCUCGAUCCCGGCGAGAAAAAAAAUCAAAGAGAGGGCGCCAGGAAGCUCUAGAAAGACUGAAAAGGGCUAAAGCUGGUGAGAAGUAUAAAUAUGAAGUUGAGGACUUCACAAGUGUUUAUGAAGAAGUUGAUGAAGAACAGUAUUCGAAGCUGGUUCAGGCCCGCCAGGAUGAUGACUGGAUCGUGGAUGAUGAUGGCAUUGGCUAUGUGGAAGAUGGCCGAGAGAUUUUUGAUGAUGACCUUGAAGACGAUGCCCUUGAUUCUCGUGAGAAAGGAAAAGAUGAUAAAGCACGUACCAAAGACAGGAGGAAUGUAAAGAAGGCUGCAGUGACAAAACCAAACAAUAUCAAGUCAAUGUUCAUUGCUAGUGCUGGGAAGAAGACUACAGAUAAAGCUGUAGACUUGUCCAAGGAUGAUCUGCUAGGUGACAUUCUACAAGAUCUGAACACUGAGAAACCUCCAGUAACUCCACCACCUAUAAUGAUACCAAAGAAGAAAAGAUCCAUUGGAGCUUCACUGAAUCCUUUCUCUGUGCACACCCCCAAGGCAGUUCCUUCAGGAAAGACUGCUUCCCCUGUCUCAAGGAAGGAGCCUCCAUUAACUCCAGUUCCUGUAAAAUGUGCUGAAUUUGCUGGAGAGCCGGUGCCAGCGUUGUGUAUAGAUGACAAAGAGGACUCAGGAGCGAUGGAUUUUGAAGAUGGUGACUUUGAUGAGCCCAUGGAGGCUGAGGAAGUGGAUGUGGAGCCUGUGGCUGUCAAGACUUGGCACCAAGAGAGUGAGCCAACAGAGGGGGUGAAGCAUGAGGCAGAUCCUGGGAAAGGGACCACGUCCUACUUAGGAAGUUUUCUCCCAGAUGUGUCUUGUUGGGACAUUGAUCAGGAAGAUGAUAGCAGUUUCUCAGCCCAGGAAGUCCAAGUGGAUUCCAGUCACCUCCCCCUGGUGAAAGGGACAGAUGAGGAGCAAGUGUUUCAUUUUUAUUGGCUGGAUGCUUAUGAAGAUCAGUACAGCCAACCAGGUGUGGUAUUUCUGUUUGGCAAAGUUUGGAUUGAAUCUGCCAAAACCCAUGUGAGCUGUUGUGUUAUGGUGAAAAACAUCGAGCGAACACUCUACUUCCUUCCCCGAGAAAUGAAAAUUGAUCUAAAUACAGGAAAAGAAACAGAAACUCUAGUUACAAUGAAGGAUGUUUAUGAUGAAUUUGAUGAGAAAAUAGCAGCAAAAUAUAAAAUCAUGAAGUUCAAGUCUAAGCCAGUGGAAAAGAAUUAUGCUUUUGAGAUACCUGAUGUUCCAGAAAAAUCUGAGUACUUGGAAGUUAGAUACUCGGCUGAAAUGCCACAGCUUCCUCAGGAUUUGAAAGGAGAAACUUUUUCUCAUGUGUUUGGGACCAACACAUCCAGCCUAGAAAUGUUCUUGAUGAACAGAAAGAUCAAGGGACCUUGUUGGCUCGAGGUGAAAAAUCCACAGCUCUUGAAUCAGCCAGUCAGUUGGUGUAAAGUUGAGGCAAUGGCCUUGAAACCAGACCUGGUGAAUGUAAUUAAAGAUAUUGGUCCUCCUCCACUCGUGGUCAUGUCUUUCAGCAUGAAGACAAUGCAGAAUGCAAAGACACAUCAACAUGAGAUUAUUGCUGUGGCAGCUUUGGUCCAUCACAGCUUUGCAUUAGAUAAAGCGGCCCCACAGCCUCCCUUCCAGUCACAUUUCUGUGUUGUAUCUAAACCAAAGGACUGUAUUUUCCCAUAUACUUUCAAAGACUACAUUAAGGAAAAGAAUGUGAAGGUUGAGAUUGCUGCAACAGAAAGAACAUUGCUAGGUUUUUUCCUCGCCAAAGUUCACAAAAUUGAUCCUGAUAUCAUUGUGGGUCAUAAUAUUUAUGGAUUUGAACUGGAAGUGCUCCUGCAGAGAAUUAAUGUAUGCAAAGUUCCUCACUGGUCCAAAAUAGGUCGACUGAAGCGAUCCAACAUGCCGAAGCUUGGGGGCAGGAGUGGAUUUGGUGAAAGAAAUGCUACCUGUGGCCGAAUGAUCUGUGAUGUGGAAAUUUCAGCAAAGGAAUUGAUUCGUUGUAAAAGCUACCAUUUGUCUGAACUUGUUCAACAGAUUCUGAGAACUGAGAGGGUUGUAAUCCCAAUGGAAAAUGUACGAAAUAUGUACAGUGAAUCUUCUCAUCUGCUGUACCUGUUGGAACACACCUGGAAAGAUGCCAGGUUCAUUUUGCAGAUCAUGUGUGAGCUAAAUGUUCUUCCAUUAGCAUUGCAGAUCACUAACAUCGCUGGGAACAUUAUGUCUAGGACGCUGAUGGGUGGACGAUCUGAGCGUAAUGAGUUCUUGUUACUUCAUGCGUUUUAUGAAAACAACUAUAUUGUGCCCGACAAGCAGAUUUUCAGAAAGCCUCAGCAAAAACUGGGAGAUGAAGAUGAAGAACUUGAUGGAGAUGCCAAUAAAUACAAGAAAGGACGUAAGAAAGCCGCUUAUGCUGGAGGCUUGGUAUUGGACCCUAAAGCUGGUUUUUAUGAUAAGUUUGUUUUGCUCCUGGACUUCAACAGUCUGUAUCCUUCCAUCAUUCAGGAAUUCAACAUUUGUUUUACAACAGUGCAAAGAGUUGCUUCAGAGACACAGAAAGUUACGGAGAUGAAUGUCAUGGAGGUUUUCCGUAGGUCGGGUGUUGUAGCAGACCGCGGUGGGAAGUUCGCCAUUUUUGUGUUCCCGGUUGUUCUGCCAAGAUUUUUGAUCACUCAAACUCGCAGUCGUACUCCAUUGUAUGUCCGCUACACCAACUCCACAGAUCCAGAUCAACUAUCAGACCUACAUCGCCGUAGCAAAGAUCACAUGAGCAAUUGUGUUACUUUGUCAUACCGCUCUGUAACGAGUGCCGUGAAGGUCUGUCACCCACUCAGCGUUAUAAUAUCUCGUCUUCCUACACCUGUUUGCCGCACCGAGCAGCAGAGGUAUCUCAAGAGAGCACUGCUCUUAGGCUGUCCAGUAACCCUCCUACCUAACUCUCCGACUGCUGGCUACGAGCAUGAUUAUGUGCGUUGUUCUGAAUCGCUUGACGUGUUGACCUCAGAUCUGAGGUCGCUGUCACGCUUCCGGCAACCUCGGCGAGAAGUGAGGAGCGAUGGGAGGAACAUUUUGAUGCAUACAAAAGAGAUGGUACAAAAGAUGAACCUUGAAGUUAUUUAUGGAGAUACUGAUUCAAUUAUGAUAAACACCAAUAGCACCGAUUUGGAAGAAGUAUAUAAAUUGGGAAACAAGGUAAAAAGUGAAGUCAACAAGUUGUACAAACUGCUUGAAAUAGACAUUGAUGGUGUUUUCAAGUCUCUGCUACUGCUGAAGAAAAAGAAGUAUGGUGCUCUGGUUGUUGAGCCAACGUCAGAUGGGAAUUACUCCACCAAACAGGAACUGAAAGGGUUAGAUAUAGUUAGAAGAGAUUGGUGUGAUCUUGCUAAAGAAACUGGAAACUUUGUCAUUGGCCAGAUUCUUUCUGAUCAAAGCCGAGACGCUAUAGUGGAAAACAUUCAGAAGAGGUUAAUAGAAAUUGGAGAAAAUGUGCUAAAUGGCAGUGUCCCAGUGAGCCAGUUUGAAAUUAACAAGGCAUUGACAAAGGAUCCCCAGGAUUACCCUGAUAAAAAAAGUCUACCUCAUGUACAUGUUGCCCUCUGGAUGAAUUCUCAAGGAGGCAGAAAAAUGAAAGCUGGAGAUACUGUGUCAUAUGUCAUCUGUCAGGAUGGGUCAAACCUCACUGCGAGUCAGAGGGCCUAUGCACCUGAGCAGCUACAGAAACAGGACAAUUUAACCAUUGACACCCAGUACUACCUGGCUCAGCAGAUCCACCCAGUUGUGGCUCGGAUCUGUGAGCCAAUAGAUGGAAUUGAUGCUGUCCUGAUUGCAACAUGGUUAGGACUUGACCCCACCCAAUUUAGAGUUCAUCAUUAUCAUAAGGAUGAGGAGAAUGAUGCCCUACUUGGUGGCCCAGCACAGCUCACUGAUGAGGAGAAAUACAGGGACUGUGAAAGAUUCAAAUGCCCAUGCCCCACAUGUGGAACAGAAAAUAUAUACGAUAGUGUCUUGGAUGGUUCGGGAACUGAUGUGGAGCCCAGCUUGUAUCGCUGCAGCAACAUUGAUUGUAAGGCUUCACCUUUGACCUCUGUGGUACAGCUGAGCAACAAAUUGAUCAUGGACAUUAGACGUUGCAUUAAAAAAUACUAUGAAGGUUGGUUGAUUUGUGAGGAGCCAACGUGUCAAAAUCGAACUCGGCGCCUUCCCCUUCAGUUCUCUCGAAAUGGGCCUCUUUGCCAAGUCUGCAUGAAAGCUACUCUUCGGCCAGAGUAUUCUGACAAGUCCCUGUACACCCAGCUGUGCUUUUACCGGUACAUUUUUGAUGUGGACUGUGCACUGGAGAAACUUAGUACUGAUCAGGAGAAAGAUAAGUUGAAGAAGGUUUUUACCUUAAAAGUUCGUCAGGACUACCAGAAACUCAGGAACACAGCAGAGCAGUUCCUGUCCCGAAGUGGCUACUCAGAAGUGAACCUCAGCAAACUCUUCGCAGACUGUGCUGUGAGGCCCUGAGGGAACCCCAGAAGUGGCGGGGGGAUGGGGGGAGGAAGACGCCCAGCUUCCUGGCACCUCCACGCCACCGAACUGCUGCUGCGCAUCAGUUUCCUUGAGGACUGCAUCUCCUGUUUGUGUGCGUGUGGCUGGGGAGGGCGUUCCCCCACCUACCCCGUCAGAGCGUCAGAGAGCGUCAGAAGAACCUUCCUAUUACAACCUGGCCCUUACCAUUGAAAAGUCGGCCUAGAGCCCUUCGCAAAGCGGGGGAAGGGCGAGCUGCUUCGGAUUUGGGACUGGAUUUCUAGGGGAGGGGCCGGUGAGGGAGGAGAAAUUAAUUGAGAGUGGCUGGAAUGCAAGGGACCCCGCGCUUUGCCCCAGGGCCUUCAGCCGAGAUGCCCCCAGAAAGAGAUUUAUGAAGCCUGGUAGGAGCGCUAACGUUUUGCCUUUUCACACGCCAAUUAAACCCGUCUGAACCCAACUGUUGCCCCAGCCGCUGGCUCCAGGAGUGGCUGCCCUUUUCAGUCUUGUCUUUUAUAUAGGUAGCCGAGGGGGGAGAUAGAGAAGUCUUGCAUUUACUAAAUAGAUUAAACAGAGCUUACUUGUUUAUUGAAUCGCUCCAAAGUUGCACGUGCACACACACACACACACACACACACACACACACUGGACAGGUGUUUUACAUUCACAUUCCUUUUUUUCCCCCUUAAGUAGAAAGUCCAGGUUAAGGUUUAUGUAGUAGGAAAACACAUUUAAAAUAAUUUGAUAUCCUAUAACAAUUCCUUUAAAAUGUAUAGGGGACGGGGCAAAGAUCAUUGUGCUGUAUUCAGAAGAAAUUGGGAGGAGGUUUGGUUAAUUGGCCCAGGUGCUGUUUUGUGUUGGGGGGGAUUGUUUUGUUUGUUUUGUUUUGUUUUUCCCAUUUCUUCACACUGGUGCCUCUUCGCCGGAAGCCAUAUGUAUUUCAGUAUAGCGAUCUUCCCAUUUUACAUUAUUGGUAAGGUUAUUACUAACAAAAUCUAUUUCCCCUGUACACUGUAUUUUUUCUCAAAUGUCUACCUGUUUUUCUAAAAGAAAAAUAUGUUGUACUGU